GCCCUCCCAGCAAUGGCAGCGGGACCCCAGCCCACGGCCCCUAGCGAGCCCCGGGCCGGGGCCGCUUCCCCCGAGAGCCAUCCCAGCGCGGGGCCAUGGCCGAGUGGGCGCCCGCCCAGAUUCAGGAAUGGAACGUCGAGGCGCAACAUCUGCUGCCUUUGCAGCCGCCCCUGGUCCCCGAGCGCGCUCACAUGCGAGAAGCACAGCUGCACACGGCAGAGGCUUCUCUCUGGACUGUGGUGGCUACAGUGCAGGCCAUGGAGCGGAAGAUCGAUCUGCUGGCCACGCGCCUGCUGAGCCUGGAGGGGAGAUCUGGGACGGCCGAGAAGAAAUUAAUAGACUGUGAAAAAACAGCAAUGGAGUUCAAUAACCAGCUGGAGAGUAAGUGGGCCGUGCUGGGAACUCUGAUCCAGGAGUACGGGCUGCUGCAGAGGAGGCUGGAGAACGUGGAGAACCUGCUGAAGAACAGGAACUUCUGGGUCCUGAGACUCCCCCCAGGCACUAAGGGGGAGGUCCCCAAGAUGCCGGUGACGUUCGUCGACGUGGCUGUCUAUUUCUCCGCGGAGGAGUGGAAAAAUUUGGAAGACUGGCAGAAGGAGCUGUACAAUAACCUGGUGAAGGAGAACUAUGAAUCUUUGAGCUCGCUGGACCGUACCCGUUCCAAAGCGGACCCCGAGGCCCGGAUUGAACGAGGGGAGGAGGCAUGUGUCCAAGAUCAGCAGGACUUAAAGGAGAGAGAAAUCCCUCCAGAGCCCUGCACAGAAUCCCUGAUGUCAACGCCUGACAUCCUGUCCCGGAUCAAACAAGAGGAGGGGCCUUUUGUCGGGGAGCAGCAGUUCUCGGAGGAGAGAGGAAUCCCCACGGACCCCUGCGCAGGAGCAGACGCUCUGAUUUCUGCCCAUGACUUUUUGUCCUGGAUUAAACAAGAGGAGGAGCCCUGUGUCCGGGAUUCAUGGGAGCUGGCUGAAAGAGAAAUCCUCACUGGCCCUGGCCCAGAUGGUGCUAUUUCCAAACCGUACCUUCUGUCCUGGACGGAAGAGCCGUGUGUCCGGGACCCGGGGGGCUUAGCAGAGAGCGUGAUCCCUACGGGACUCAGGACAGAAUCUCUCGUUUCCCCAGCUGGAGCUGUGGCCCGGACAGAACAAGGGGAAGAGGCCUGUGGGGGGAGCCAACAGGACUCCGAGGAAAGAGAAACAUCGGUGGCUCUGAGCACUGGUGGGAUCAUGACCAAAGCGGAGGUGCAGUGUCUUGAGGAGCAUCACCCCUACCGCGAGCGGCACCAGAUGGCGUCAGGAAGGCGGGUUUUCUGGAGUCCCGAGCAGAGAGGUCCCCAGGAUGCCCACAGGGUGGAGGAUCAGUGUGGAGCUGCGCUCAGUAAUUCUCCUGAGCAGCCAGUCCUGCUCCCAGGGUCAGAGCCUCCCUUGCCCUCUGCGGGGGCAGGAUCAGGCCCUGGGCAGGCCAGAGUUCCCUGCGAGAGCCGAGACGUGGCUGCCCCUCACGCCGCGCAGGUGAGGGAGUGGCCUCAUGCCUUGAGUGCUGUGAAAUCCCAGGCCCACUCACUGGCAGAUGAGCCAGUCCAGUGUGAAAGGAGCUUCCCCCAGCCCACGAACCUGGCUGCCCACCAGCCCAAGCCCAGUGAGCAGAGGCUCCAUGCCUGCAGCGAAGGCGGCCAGAGCUUCAAACAGCAGCAGAACCUCAUUAUCCAUCUGAGAACCCACGGCAAGGCCAAGCCAUACCAGUGCAGCCAGUGUGGGCAGAGCUUCCUCCACCGCUCCCGGCUCACCUACCACGCCCGCAUCCACACCGGCGAGCGACCCUAUGCCUGCACCCAGUGCACCAAGACCUACAGCCGCAAGGAACACCUCCAGAACCACCAGCGGCUGCACACCGGCGAGCGGCCCUUCCAGUGCCACGAGUGCGGGAAAUGUUACAUCCGCAAGGAACACCUGCAGUACCACCAGCGCGUCCACACCGGCGAGCGGCCCUUCCAGUGAGCCGCCUGCGGGAGGAGCUUCAUCCGCAAGCAGAACCUGCUGAAGCACCAGCGCGUCCACACUGGGGAGCGGCCCUACCAGUGCGGGGAGUGCGGGAGGAGCUUCCGCUACAAGGAGUCCCUCAAAGACCAUCAGAGAACUCACGAUGCUGAGCCAGGGCUGCCCUGUGGCCUGCAUCCAGGAUCCGGGCUCAGAAAGCAGAAACCUUUGUGUGAGAGGGGAGCCAAGGGCGGGUCUGGGAGCUGAUGAUAAUAUUCAGCCCUUGUGCAAUGUUUGGGGAGCCUGGCUCUCCCCAAGCGUGGGGCAGGAAAAGUGAAAGGACACAGUGGCAGGAAUUGAACUUAGGUCUCCUGAAGCCCAGCCCUGUGCUUUAACCACUAGUCCACAGUGCUUUUCUGUAGCAGGAAAAUUCUUUUGGUUAAAACCCCCUCUGAACGUGAGUUGGGCACAUUUCUCUGCUCAUGUAGAACUCAUCUCUGCCACCUGGAGCAGUGUCUCAGCUACGGGCAUCACAGCCUUCUCCUCUGCAGCUCCUGCUGCUCUGAACCUCUCCAGCUGCUUUCAGAUCUCCUGGGGAUGUAGGUAGCCAGCCUUGCUCCCAUUCCCCUCUGUUCUCUUACACCAUGGAAAAUAAAGUUUGGCUGAAUUCUGCCGGACUGG